UGUAUGUAUGUGCAUAUCUAUAUUUAUACAUAGCUGACGUAUAAAUUUUAUAUUUUUAAUAUAAUUCAUAAUCAUUGUUGUUAUUUUUCAGUUUACGUUUGAGUACAAAUAGAAUAGAAUUUGAGUUAAAAAUUUGUAUAUACUUAUAUAGCAAAGUUAACAUUAUCAAAGUUUAAAUUGAAAAUCAAUCUGUAGACGGAGGCAAAAAAAAAAAACAAAAAAAACAACAACAAAAAGCAGAGAAGGGGGAAUACAACUUCCUCGCCACAAACCAAAAACAUAAAAGAAAAAGAAGAAAAAAAUAUUAACAACAACAACAACAACACAUAAACAACCAACAACAAAAGUAAACACAAAAAGAAAAUAAUAUGCUGUGUGAUGUAUGAAUUAGCUGUGAUCAUGUACCACCAUCGGAGUUACGAGCGCGCAUUUUAAGCAGCAAAAAAAUUAUCAUAUAUAUAUAUAUAUAUAUAUGCUUAUAUAUACAUAUAUGUUUGUGUAUAUGUAUGUAAAAAGUUUUUUCUGAAAAAAAAAAAAUAUAUAUUAUAAACACCCACCUUGGAUAGAUGGAUGUACCUAAUGUUAAUGCUGAUGUUAUUCAUUGGAGAACACUGGAGCCGUUUAGUAAAAGAGCAAGUCCAUUCACGAACCCAUAGUACAUAGAGCUAAUCAGUGCUUCAUUUGUGGAGGAGAAUCUAAAGGCUCUUCUGAGUAAAGGAUUUUACACAUAUCUAUGUGGACAUUCACUAACUCCAUUUCUGGGUGUUGUUGUUGUUGUUGGUUUUUCUAUCGAAAAAAUGUCUUUCAACAAUACUAUAAUACGUUGCGAAUAAACUCGACUGGAUCUACUUCUGAGUACCUGAUUGCCUGUCUGCCUAGUAAUGACUUGAACCAUCCUUAAUUCAUCAAACGACUGUAAUAUCAAACCGUGGACUUUCAUGUGGGAAGUUUAGGAACGUCACCAUUACAAUGUCUUCCGUGAAAUCCAGCUCACAGCGGGCAUGCGUAACGAUGACGUCUAACUCCGUCUCGCAAAUCUCCAGGUGUCAUUCCCUGCGUCACUUGGCUGUAGUAGCAGCAGCAACUGCCACAAAGCAUUUAGAACCGAAACUAAAUUCUCAUUCAACACUAAAUUCAGCGAGAGAAGAAGCCAUGACACCGACAAAAGCCAAACUAACACCAAUAUCGUUAUCACAGUUUUCAACAUUUUUAUUCAUACCGCCUCUAUUGCCAUUCUCUUCUCCAUUUAAACCUCCACCGCCAGCAACGCCGACUCAACCCUUACCCCUUUCUUCUUCUUCUUCUUCUUCUUCUUCUUCUUCUUCUUCUUCUUCUUCUUCUUCUUCUUCUUCUUCUUCUUCUUCUUCUUCUUCUUCUUCUUCUUCUUCUUCUUCUUCUUCUUCUUCUUCUUCGCACCCACCAUCUCCUACACUUCACUGUACUUCUUCCUCUUGUUCUUUAUCUCCUUCUUCGAAUUCUGUAGUAGGAACAACUACGUUUUUCUCGUGUCCAUGUUCUCUGCCUCACUAUCUACCACCACCUCCUUCUUCACCCACCACCUCUCGUCUAUCGUGCUCUGAGUCGUUACCGCCGUCCUUAAUAAAACCACUACUUCCACAACCAUCUCCUCCACCACAGUCGCCGAUAUCGGCAUCUUCGUCGUUAACAUCAUUAUCAUCAUCGCCGGCGUCUGUUCCUUUUCACUGGAUGAUUGUACUAUUUCUUCUUCUCUUCUCGCAUUCAGCGCAACCAUGGGUGACUCAGCCCGAAUUUCAGUGUCCUAAACAAUGCGAAUGCCAUAACCUUCGUACUUCGCAGCUUUCCACUUCAAUAGCAGCCCGCUGCCGAAUAAAUGAAACGAUGAGUCGGUAUAAUUUCAGUGUAUUUUCAGCCCCGUAUAUUACUGUCCUGGUUAUACAAUGCCAGGGUAAACCUUUAAAACCCGUUAACAAAAUGCUCCGUAAUCUUCCUUUUCUCGAAGAACUUGUAUUUAAGGAUUGUCAUUUCAAAAGCAUUCCUGAAUAUACACUGUUAGGCUUGAAUAACUUGAGAAAUUUUAGCAUUUUUGGUGCUGAUCAGUUGACGUUAACUUCAAACAUAUUCCACAAAGCGGUUAAAUUGAAAAACCUUGAGAUAAUACACAGUGGACUUAAAACAAUUCCUGUUGAUAUGCUUUGCAAUUCUGUAGAUGUUGAAUUGCUUACCUUAUCGCAGAAUGAAUUAACGCACUUCUCAGAAUUGAAAAAACUUUGCCAGACUAACACCACCAUUUUAGACCAAAUAACACGCUUAGAUUUGAGUUACAAUUUACUUCAAACAAUUCCAGCAGAUUUCAGUAAAUUAUUUUCUGAUAUGCAAAUGGUAAAUUUUGUAGGUAACCAAAUCGAUAACAUAGAAGCUGGUAGUGUCAGUGAUCUUUAUUAUUUAACAGUUAUGGAUCUGUCUAAAAAUCGAAUCCAAAGUUUUCCAGGUGACUUUUUAGAAAAUUCCAUUGGAAUACAGCAGCUAGGUAUCUCACAUAACCCUAUCAAAACUAUAUUCCCAUAUUUUAAAGAUCUUCAAGAUUUAGAAGUGUUUGAGGCUGAGCAUACUUAUUUAGACAAUAGUUUCUUUCGGGAAAUUCCUAAAGGGUCUGCAUUAACGAAUUUAAACUUAGCACAUUGCUAUAUGAGUAAAAUAAAUAAAUCCCUGAUGAGUAAUUUGAAAAAUUUAAGGCGUCUUAAUCUUAACAGUAAUUCAAUUUUUUCGCUGCCUUCUAAUGUAUUUUCUUCCAAUGAUAAGCUCGAUGUUCUGAUAUUGUCAAACAAUAAUAUUGAGGAACUUUUGGAUAAUUCCUUACAAGGACUUAGGGCCUUGCGAGAACUCGAUAUCAGUUACAAUAAUAUAUCAGUUAUAAAUGAAGACGCCUUUCACGAUCUUCUGGUUAUUGAAAAACUUGAUUUAAGUUUCAACCAGCUGUAUGAUAUCCCCAAUGCUAUAACCCCUCUGGACAAAAUACAAGAACUGUAUUUAGAGGGAAAUUUCAUCAGUAAAAUUAACAAGAAUUCAUUCAAGGGUUUAGAUUCUAUUAAUCGAAUUGUUUUGUCUAAAAAUAGAAUUGUCUUUCUUGAUGCCAGUAGUUUUACUCGAUGCUUCAAUUUACAUAUUUUAGAUUUAUCUGAAAACAACAUUUCUUAUAUACAUGAGGACGCGUUCGAAGGUCUACAAUUGGUCGGUGUCAGUUUAGCAAAUAAUAAAAUAAGAAACAUCGGUACAGCGUUAUGGAAGCAGCACAAUCUAAGCCAGGUUCAUUUGCAGGGUAACCUUCUUGAAGCCAUUAUGUCGUCCAAUUUCCCGGAAAACGUUAAAUUUUUAAACGUUUCUCAUAAUAGAAUUUGGAAUGUCCAUCCAUUUACCUUCUCAAACAAAGAUACACUUGUAGAAGUUGACUUACGCCAUAACAACAUCAGCUUCCUAGCAAAUGAUGCUAUCAGUGUGUCUCACAGAGUACGUUCCAUUCCCGACGUUUACCUUAUGGGAAAUCCAUUCAAAUGUGAUUGUAACAUUGUCUGGCUUAAAAAACUUGCCAAUGUAAGGCCAAGGAAAAAAGACGGCCUUCCGUACAUUCCGGAUUUGAACGAACUAGAAUGUCAUGCGGACAAUGAAAGUUCGGUACCAACAGGCCGUAUGUACGAGGUAAAGGAAUCAGAUUUUCUCUGCAAAUACCUGAAGGAAUGCGCUCCUGAUUGCAUCUGCUGCACUUUUGGCAUGUGUGACUGCAACAGCAUUUGCCCCGAACAAUGCAGCUGCUAUCGCUCGUAUGAUCGUAAAGCUAAUAUCAUCAACUGUAUGAACAGCGGACUUAGUGACUCACGUAUGUUGCCUUCGAAUGCCACCAAAAUUUACCUGAGUGGUAAUCGUCUUAUAUCUCUUUCCAAACACUCUUUUCUUCGCCAGCGAGAUCUGUUAACUGUACUCUAUUUAAAUAGAUCCCAUAUUUCCAAUAUACAAAAUGGCACAUUUAUGACUUUAAUAAAUCUGAAACAGUUAUACAUGCACGAUAACGAUUUGACUAUUUUAACAAAAGAAACUUUCCAAGGAUUAGAAAACCUUGAAGUCAUCACGCUGAAUUCAAAUUCAAUUAGUUAUAUUGCACCAGGAAUGUUUGCUCCUAUGCCCAAAUUAAAAAUUGUCGAUGUCAGCAGCAAUCGAUUGCACAUAUUGGACAACAGUUUCUUGAGCCUAAAGUAUUUAGAAAGUAUUGCAAUCCACAACAAUCCAUGGAUUUGCAAGUGUCCAUUCGUCAUGGGACUGCAGGAGUUGUACAUUAAUAAGCCUGAUUUGGUGGUUCUCUCAGAAUCUGUAAUAUGCGAUCAUGAAGAUGUCAUCAAUAGCAGUAUGUCUUUCUACACAGCUUACCCUCUUUUUGAGUUCGAUGUACAGUUACACUGCCUGAAUAUCACUCCAGUCACCAAUUUAUCAUCCCACGUGAAUACGCAAAUCGACUCAAAAGUUAUAUGUGCUUUAGCCAUUUUUUCAGCCGUCUUUUUGACUUUGAUAAUUGCUGUUAUCAGCAUCGCAUGUUAUCGUGAAGAGCUGAAGGUGUGGCUGUUCACGCAGUAUGGAUGGCGUAUUGGAGAUCCGUGGGCAAAGCUAGAUGAUUCUAACCGACGAUAUGAUGUCUUCGUAGCUUACACAAGCAAGAACGCAAUGUUCGUGGAACACGAGCUUACACCGCGUCUAGAGAGAAGGGAACCACCUUACCAGGUAUGUCUGACCUACAGGGAUUAUGAUGUGGAUAUUUCCUAUGCUCAAAACACAAUCAAUUGUAUACAAAAUAGCAAGCGAACCAUUAUGCUAGUGUCUAACGACUUCUUCCAAACGGAAUGGUUCCGUUAUGAUUUUCAAAUUAACAAUCAUGAUAUACUGAAAACGCUUUCUGAAAGACUCAUAGUCAUUUUAAUGGAAAAAGUCGAUAGGAAAAAACUUGAAUGCGACCUUAUGUUUUAUGCGAAGACGAAAAAAUUCCUAAAAUAUCAAGACACACAUUUCUGGGACAAACUUUAUUAUAUGCUACCAAAAGUUCGAGGACUGCCAUUAUUACCACAGACCCCAGAAUCUGCGGUUUCCUCUGGAGAGCUACGCGAUCAGUGUUGCAAUAAUAUUGCUUUCUCGAAGACUUCGUUGGAAAGUGGGUACGAAGAAAUUAACUUCGUACGGAAAAAUGUUUUUCCCCGUUCAGAUCAUCAGACUGUAUAUUUAGCACCUGUUUGCCAAAGAAAUUGUAAAUAAUCCCCUCCCAUUUUCUUUGUGAAUGUGUUAACUUUUGUUGUUCUUUUUAUUAUUAUUAUUAUUAUUAUUAUUAUUAUUAUUAUUAUUAUUAUUAUUAUUAUUAUUAUUAUUAUUAUUAUUAUUAUUCCUACUACUAUUAUUAUUACCAUUAUUUUCCCAUUAUUUUUUUAU